AUGGUACAAUGUCGUUUUUCGUUCGGAUAUUACGGAGCGAUGCUGCCAGCAGCAUUUAAUGUCCUAUCUAUGAUCGGUUUCUUGGUCCUCAGUUGCAUAACCGGUGGCCAGCUUUUAGCUGCGGUGUUCCCAAAUCUAAACGAUACUCUCGGUAUCGUUAUCAUCGCGUUGAUAUCGCUAGGGAUAUCGUUUUGUGGCUACCAAGUCCUACAUUGGUUUGAGACGUACGCUUGGAUGCCCAACGCGGUUAUAUACAUCAGUCUUCUCGCUGUCGGUGGUAAGAACUUGACACUACGUCCCGAGAUUGCAGCUCCAACUGCGGCUGCUAUCGUUUCUUAUGGGACUUCCGUUGGAGCAUCUUGCCUCUCGUGGGGUACUAUGUCUGCAGAUUAUGGAGUGUAUCAUAGGGCUGACGUGCCUGGAUGGAAAAUAUUCCUCUACACGUAUUUUGGCGUUCUUCUAUCCUCGUUCCCAGGACACGUGGUCGGUGCUGUCCUCGCAGCUGCAGCCCCCGCCGUACCUUCAUGGAAGGCCGGGCUCGAAGACGGCCAAAAUUUUGGUAAUUUCCUCGCUGCGGUGCUUGCACCUGUAGGAGGAUUUGGCAAGUUUUUGAUGGUCAUUGCUACUUUGACGUUACCCGCGCAGAGUGCGACGUCGAUGUAUUCUUUUGGUGUCAGCUUGAUGAGUAUCUCGUGGGUAUUCACGAAGAUACCGAGAUAUGUGUACUCCGUGAUUGCGACAGCUGUCGUUAUCCCAAUCUCAAUCGUAGGAGCCAAUAGAAUCUUCCAAACAUUUCAAGAGAUCGUCAACUUGACCGGUUACUGGUCCACAUCCUACGCGGCAAUAGUACUAGUCGAGCAUUUCGUCUUUCGACGAUACACUUUUUCAAAAUACAAAACCGAGUUUUGGCAGACACCCUCCAAACUGCCGGUUGGAUUCGCCGGUCUCAUUGCGUUUGGACUAUCGUUUGGGCUGAUCGUACCUUCAAUGGACCAACCUGCUCAUGUUGGCCAAUUUGCUGAAAGAGGGACGGGGGAUAUCGGUCUUCUUACUGGGUUCUUUUCGGCUGGGCUAUUUUAUCUGGGUUUGAGGACCUUGGAGAGGAAAAUUGUACCGGGGCAUGAUGCUUGA